AUGACGUGGACGACUACCUUACCGAAUCCCUCAUCGGCUUCACCACCACAGCCCGAUCAAUCAAACACCACAAUCUCGCCGUUAAAUUCUCACUUCAUGGCGCUUUCUUGCCGUGACACACUCCGCCUUAUCUUCAACAGGCUUACCGUCGUCGAUCUGGCGCGUGCGAGCUGCGUUUGCCAAAUUUGGAACUCUGUCGCCACAGAAGACGAUCUGGUGGUAUCGGCUUUCACGGCGCCAUGGCGGAUCAAGGAACUCGUAGGGAGACCGGGUUCUGGUUCGUUCUGGAGAGAUAACGGGAUCUGGAAAUUCGCUCUCUCUCACCGGAUUUCUCGUGGUGAUAGUGUGACUAGCCUCGCCGUUAAGUACUCCGUUCAGGUUAUGGACAUAAAGCGAUUAAACAACAUGAUGAGUGACCAUGGUAUUUACUCAAGAGACAGACUACUUAUCCCGAUAAGCAAUCCGGAAAUUCUCGCAAACACCACUUGCUACAUAGAGGUAGACAAAGACGCUAAACGAGAAGUAGCCGUGCUGUACCUUGAAGGUGGACCGAAGAGAGAACAACCUGAAUCUGGUAUGAAUCAUCUGUCCACUUUAUCAGCACUUGGAAAGCGAAGGUUAAUUGAUUCUCUGAGGAGAAGCAUGCAAGUAGAUGAUGGAACCGCUCUAUACUACUUGGCCAUCGCUGAAGGAGAUCCAAGAUCCGCAUUGUCCGAGUUCUCGGCUGAUCUCAUGUGGGAGAGACAGGCUGGUCUCAAGUAA